ACGCCAAUCUCGCCACGCCAAUCUCGCUGCCGUAUCCGUUGGGACUUGGUGCUUUCAUCUCUAGGGUUUGUGGGCGACCGAAGAGGAGGGUUUGUAAGUACCGAUCAAAGAUCUCCAGAAGUGGGAUUUCAACCAUGGGUGGACAAAGAAACAGCUAUGGAAAAAGGUCCCACUCCAACUCAGAGUAUACUGACAAUGGAGGAAGCAAGAGAAGAAAUCCUGGAGAAGAUAGAGAAAACUAUGCUCCUGGGCCUGAUGAUACUGUUUACCGGUACUUGUGUCCUGGAAGGAAGAUAGGGAGUAUCAUUGGGAGAGGUGGGGAGAUUGUGAAGCAACUGAGGUCUGACACUCAAGCCAAGAUCAGGAUUGGGGAGACUCUACCAGGUUGUGAAGAGCGAGUCAUAACCAUCUUUAGUACUAGCAAAGAAACCAAUAAGUUUGAAGAUACUGGUGACAAUGUUUGCCCUGCACAGGAUGCUUUGUUUAAGGUGCAUGAGAGGCUAGUAAAUGAUGAGGCGAUGGGUGAGGAAGAUACAGAUGUUGAUACCACCCAAGUCACCCUUCGUCUUCUCGUGCCAUCUGAUCAGAUUGGAUGCAUCAUUGGUAAAGGAGGACAAAUUAUUCAAGGUAUUCGUAGUGACUCUGGUGCUCAGAUACGCAUUCUUAAGAGUGACCAUCUACCAGCAUGUGCAAUUAGCAGUGAUGAACUCCUCCAGAUUACUGGGGAGGCUUCAGUUGUAAAGAAGGCACUUUUUCAAGUUUCAUCACGCCUACAUGAUAAUCCAUCUCGUUCCCAACAUCUGCUUGUUCCUGGUACACCUCAAGUGUAUCCAGUAGCUGGUCAGUUUGGGGUUCCGAAUAACAGUGCACCAAUUGUGGGCUUGGGUCCAUUGAUGGGCUCUUAUGGAGGCUACAAGGGAGAUGCAGUAGGGGAGUGGCCAUCUUUAUACCCACCACCACGUGAUGAAAGUUCUGCCAAGGAGUUCAGCUUACGUUUGCUGUGUCCUGCUGCCAACAUAGGGGGGGUUAUUGGUAAAGGUGGUGUCAUCAUUAAGCAGAUUAGACAAGAAUCUGGUGCAUCUAUUAAAGUAGACAGUUCCAAAUCUGAAGAUGAAUGCAUAAUAUUAAUUUCAUCGAAAGAGUUCUUUGAAGAUCCAAUUUCUCCUGCGAUAGAUGCUGCAGUACGCUUGCAAUCCAGAUGUAGUGAAAAAUCCGAAAAAGAAUCUGGUGAACCUUCAUAUACUACCCGCUUACUUGUACCAACUUCACGUAUUGGUUGCCUUAUUGGUAAAGGAGGGACCAUUAUAUCUGAAAUGAGGAGAAGCACACGAGCAAAUAUAAGGAUACUAUCAAAGGAAAAUCUUCCAAAAGUUGCUGCAGAAGAUGAUGAGAUGGUUCAGAUUUGUGGAGAGCUUGAUAUUGCUAGAAAUGCUCUUAUACAAGUAACAACACGUCUUAAAGCCAAUUUCUUUGAAAGGGAGGGUGCAUUAUCUGCAUUUCCAUCUUCUGCUCCGUACCAUCCUUUGCCAAUGGAUGCUUCUGAUGUGGCGAGACAUGGAGGCAGAGAUAAUAAGUUGCAUGGCCGUACAUAUUCAUACUCUGGUGCAUAUGGUCCUUCAGUUGAUUCAUUUGCAUCUAAUAAUUACAGCAGCUAUGGGGGUUCUCAGAGAGGUGGUAGUUAUGGUGCAUAUAGUGGAUACUCUUCCCGCUCUGGCAGUGCUGGGUUGACAUUGAAGGCUUUCAAGGGAAUUUCAAUUAUAUCUUGAAUAUUUAAUGAAGAAACUAUCUGGAAGGUAGGAAAUUAUUCAUGCCUUGCUAUUGCUUCUGGCUUGUAUGCAAACUAUGCCAUUUUGCUUGAUUUGAUGAUGUUGAGAAUGGUAAAUAUGCAAGUUUUGGCAAGGUAUAGUUACAACGUUCUAAUUCUGCAUGCAUUAUAUGCAGAAUAAAUUUUUAUCUUGUCAUCUUUAUCUUUUGUCCCAUGUCAUUUAUGUGCAUGCAUAGAAUCUUGUAUGAUGUAUUUUUGCUUUUUGCAUGCAUUUGUGUUUUUGAAUCUAAAGAUUAGUCAUAUGCCUAGAAACUAUGAAAAUAUUUAGCUUCUACUUAAUUGCAUGAUUUGUAGACAUACUAAGUAGAGGUGAAUUUUUUUAUGUUAUCCACCCACAAAUUAUAUAUUGAAACUAUGGUAAUUGCAAUGUUCUACUACUUAGUUGCUGCAUUUUGUUUUUGCACUCAUACAUAUGUCAGUUGAAUUGAGGUCGAUGCUUUUCUAGUGUCAUGAAAUCUCAUCAAGCAUCACAACAAACGUGUUUCAAGAUUUCUACCGCUAAGUUACUAUGUUUUUUUUAUUGCUUAUGUACUAUUUUCAGUUGGAUUGAGAUGAUGCUAUCGUAAAGUUUGUAAUAAAAUCUCAUCAAGAAUCUUUGUUGUGUAGUUUUAACGUUUUAAUCCAAACAGAUUACAUGUAUACUCUUGUUCACAUAUCAAAUCUUGGAACCAGAUAACUAUCAAUUUUCUUUCGCAUUUUGUUUUUUAAGCACAUAAUGUCACUUCACUAGAUUUGUUGUGGUUUCACAAUUGUACUGACAUAUUCAUUCAAGGAGCUUGCAACGAUUCUAAUUAGAUUCUCAAUAUGUUAUGAUAUGUGUUAUGAGAAGAUGGCAUUGACUUUCUGGUUGGCUUGACGUGGUUCUGACCCAGUGCAUAUGGUUGUCUAAGGUUAGGUUUUUAAUCUUGUACCGUACUGGUGUAUCGAGCUUUGCUCGGUAUGGUGCGACGUACCGAGUGAUACGUCGAAAAUAGGCAUAAAAUCCUCAAAAAAUACUUGAAAAAUAGAAAAAAAAGUUAGGAUAGGGUUUUUAAGUUAGAAAUAAAUAUACAUUUUGUAUAGUUUUAGCAAACCUAUGUAAAUUAGGUAAUAAUAGUGCCACAUAUCUUUUUCGGGCUUUGAGUAGUAUCCUUGUGCAAGGUUCGCAAUUUUGAUCCGUUUCGGAUCGUUCUUCCGUUAAUAUUGAAUUAUUUACAGAAAUUAUUAGAUUAUUUUGUAUACAACUUAAACUUUAAGAUUCAAAUGAAUUAAGUAAUCAUAUGUGUAAAUAUACCUGAUUCUACCAUCAAAACGGAUAACGAGCCUCCACGGGUAGUAGAUUGGGGUUCUCAAUCUUAUGUAUCUGUAUAUCAAUAUGAUAUGUUUGUCGGACCCAAUCCUGAAAUUGAUUCUAGGACAGUGUAUUGAUACAUCGUAUGUCAUUGGUGAAUCAAUGUGGUGAUGGUCGUAGGUUGAUCGUCGUGAAUUACAUGUGUUUGAGGCAACUCCUGAGGUAUGUAUUGGUGAAUGUCAAAACUUACUACUUUCAUUACUGAUUUGUUGCUCCGUAUCAUACCUCUUGAUUAAAAAAUUCUUUCUCUUAAUUCGCUUAAAUUAGUCUCCUAAAUUUGAUCCAAUUCAUAAAUCGUUAUUUUGUUGAGUUUAGGAGAGUAAAAAUGUGAGAAUAAGAGAGAGAUUGUGAGUAAAAAUGAGUUUAAGAGACUGUGAGAGUGAAAUGGAUUGAAAGAGGGGGGAGAAAAGGGUUUAAAUUAACCGUUUAAAAAUUGAUAUAAAUCGAUAACAGUUGAAAUUUCAACCAUUAUCACCCGGUACAGUCUCGUAUUGCCCGAUACAGGGUUAAAUACCUGAUACCACCCGGUACCGGGCGAUCCGCGCGUCGGUCUGCUUGCGGAUCGGUACGUACCACACGCACCGGAGAGUAUGGUACGAUAUUCAAAUCCUUGGUCCAAGGUGCCUUCGAGGUGGAAGCGUUGAGCACUCGAGAUGACACCUACAUGAAGACUAAGAUCGGGAGAAGUUUUUCGACCUGGUCCCUUCGAUGCUCAUGCUAGUAACCCGAGGAAGGUGAGUGCGGUGAUGAGCAGUAAAAAGUGAUCUCGUUCGGCGGCGUGGUUGCAGGAUCGUUAGGGGAUUGGCUCCGGGUGUUGGCAAGGUCAAAUCUGCAGGGGUCAUGCAAAUACAUAGGCCCCUUCCCUUCUCUUGAGUUGAUUAUAAGGCACUUUCUAUUCUACGAUCCCUCGGAGCGAAGGGUUAGGUAGGUAGUAAGGGCCCUCUAUCUUUCAGUUGUGGUGUGUGACUCCCGCAAAGCGAAUGAAGGGAAGCUCGAAGAGCUUUCUUCGCCAGCGACUUUUGUAUUGACGACAUAUUCCUAUGUGCUCCAACUUCUUGGGCCCCCCACUCGAGAUGAGAUGACGAGUCACCUUUGGAAAGAGUCAUGACGCUUUGGUGACAAGGUAAUCGAGGUGUCGGUUUAUGGAUGGAUUUUGUGGUAAUCUCUUCCUCUUGUAAACUGAAUGAAUAUCAACAUGUCAUGACCAUGAUGAUUAGGUCGACAACUAACCUAUACUUGAAGUAACCCUCACUAAACUAUAGGCUAAGGCUAGGCUUCUUGACUUCUAGCUUCUAUAGUGAGUGGCCUUGUAGCUUUGGUCUAGUUGUAGGAAGUAUUUUAUUGAAUUGAACACAUCAAACAAAGGCGAUCAAUCAGUAGUUGCCCUUCUCUGGCUUGGGAAAAGCAUCAAACUCUAGAAGCUAAGGGCCUUUUUUUAACCUUUGGACAUGUUUGUUAUCACAUGGGUUGAAGAAUGACAGGAAUUGGUUCUAUAAUCGGAAUUGGACUCGAUGAUGCCAUUUGACAAAUGCUCUUAAAUGGAUUUAUUGGUGCUGCACUUUGAUUCUUGGCGGGAAGGAGUUAUGAUAGAAUACGUUUUGCUUAUCUCAACAUAUUGGGAGGGAGGGGGUAUCAAUCCCAAUGCUCCUUCUUUGGCUUGGAAAAAGCAUCGAACUCUAGAAGCUAAGGGCCCUUUUUUAACCUUUGGACAUUGUUUGUUAUCACAUGGGUUGAAGAAUGACAAGAAUUGGUUCUAAAAUCAGAAUUAUACUCAACGAUGCCAUUUGACAAAUGCUCUCAAAUGGAUUUAUUGGUGUUGCACUUUAAUUCUUGGUGGGAAGGAGUUGUGAUAGAAUAUGUUUUCCGUAUCUCGACAAAUUGGGAGGGAGGGGGUAUCAAUCCCAAUGCCAAAACUAUUUACCUUGUUCAAUAGUUUUUCAAUGGCUUCUCUUGCAUUGCUUAGAAUGAGUGGUUUUGUUAUGGAACUAUUAGUAUUUUUUGGAAGAAUUAUUAGUCCAAAAUACCUUUUAAUGCUAAAAAUGCUUAUUACUUUAGUAAUGGUAAUUGGAAUAAUUAUAACUCUUAUUUCUUUUUUAUCUAUGUUAUGUCAGAUGUUUUAUGGAUAUAAGUUAUUCAAUGUUCCAAACUAGAAUUUUGGGGUAAGAUAGUUAAUUGAUAGCCUAAGUUUUUAGAAAGCAUCAAAAUAGAGGAUAUCAGCAAAGCUACCUGUGUUGAUCAUGACCCUCUUAACUCGGCGAUGAUCAUCCUCACAAAGAUCAUUAAGGCAUCAUCAUGAUUCGAGUCGAAGUACUUUGCCUCUUCCAUUUUGAAGGUUAUUUUUGGGUCGCUUUCCAUCCUCGGGCGUAUUUCAAUGGUAGUUUGGGCAUAAGCCUUAUGGGUCGAGGAGUUAUCUCUCCCUUAGAUAGGUCCACCGAUGAUGACAUCAUUUUGCCUCUCUACCUUGAGGUUGGGGUGAAGGUUCUUGAUGCUUUCGAAUAAAUCGCCCGAAGUGUCCUUGACGUAUGAGCUCUUCAAUUUGCUCCUUCAAGUCACGACAAUUUCAGUGUUGUGAUCGUGAUCUCAAUGGAAUCAGUAGUAUCUCUUUUCAUCAAUGGGGUCUUUAUUAGGUGAGAGUCCCUUAAGAGCCCUUUUCUUUUAUCUGCAAGAAAACUUCAAUUCUAACCAUAUUUAAGAGGGGUUAACUCGUACCUUGGGCGAGGUAGCUCAGGUCAUUUAUUUCUCCUAUGUCAAGGUGACCUUGCGAUCGAGGCUAGCUAUGGUCGCUCUUGCUUCAGCGUCUUGCGUGUUUCUUUACCCUUGCUCGAGACCAUUGCCUCAACGACAAUGUACUGAUUGGCCCUUUGGAGUGCCUCGGGUACAAUCAAUAAUAAUCUCUCUAUUAGUGACCAAAAGAGGCGGGGGGCCCUAAGCCCCAUCAUAAAGUUUAUAUUAUGAGUGAUGGAUGGGCAUCUGCUACAUCUCGGACCUGAUUUAUGAACUGAGCGAUGAAGACUGUGAGUUGCCGAGGUUUGACUAUUGUAUUUGAAGGCCGAGGGCGUACGCUCUCGAGGAAGUGUAUCUUGAACUUCCUUGCUAGCUGAGCGAAAGAUUAUAUGGAAAGUGGCUUCAGGUGAGCAUACUAUUAUUGUGCCCGACAUCUUAAUGUGGUCAGGAAGGUGCGACACAUUAAGUCGUCCGAGGUGUUAUAUAGAGAGAGACAUCUGGGCACGAAAAGCUGCAAUGUGCUUCAUCGGAUCAGCAUUUUUGUCGAACACCUCCAAGGAUACGAGAUAGAAGCUUACGGGCAUUGGUUUUUCCUUGAUUUUUUUGGGUGAGCGACAAUCGACUCGAGGUGGGGUUGACUAGUGCUUCCCCUUUUGAUUAUUGGAGCUUUCGUUGCAUCUCCUUCAAACGUUGGUCCAUCUAUUGUAGUUGGACCCAUAGGGAGUUCUUCGUCAAGUCCGUUGAUUGGGCCUUGGAUUCUGGUGGGGCAGACUGAGGGUGGUGUGGUUUGUUGAAUUUCAUGGUUAGGAGCCGAAGUGCCCCCUUGGUCCGCGAUCCGAUAGGCCUCGAGCGUUCUCGGGAUGUUGGCACCGCGUUGGGUCGGGGAAUCUUUAUGGGUGCUAGUGGUGGUUAAGCCGGGGACUGCGGUUGAGUUGGUGGUAUCACCUGUUGGGCCAACUAGGACAAUAACAGAGAGACAACCGGUAUCAUUGUCGUUAACAUCUGCACUUGUUGAGUGAGGUUUAAUAACACUUCGGUGGGGAUCAAUAAUUGGUUUGGGGUCGUCCCCUGGGGUGAGAGACUCGGGUCGUUGAAUCGACGUCAUUAUCUCAUCGGUGUUUGCGUCGAGGUGGAUGUCCUAAUGUGUGGAAAGGGUGCUUGCUCGAGGGUUCAUUGAGAGGAUCAACGGGUGGGUGUUCUUACAACAUCAAGCCCUCCUAGCGCCAAAAAUAUUAUGGGAAGAUGUCAUUGACGUCUUGGUUAGCCUGAUGUGGUUCUAACCCACGUGCGUUUGGUUGUUCGAGGUGCCUCCGAGGUGAAAAUGUCGAGCUCCCGAGAUGCCACUUGAACAAAGACCAAGGUCUGGAAAGGUUUCUCGAACUAGUCUUUCUGAUACCCACGUUAGUAACCCGAGGAUGGUGAGUGGUAAUGAGUAGUAAAAAACAAUCUCCCUAUUAAUUGUGCUAAAUGUGAGUUUUUGUAUCUGGCGGUAGAGGGGCAGAAUAUUUUGUGGGGGAGGCAAAUCUUGAUCGCCUCUAACAGCCUACCUUUGUCCUUUUGUUCAUGUAGGCGUCAAGGGAGGAGGCAGCCCGCAUGCCUGCUUUGGACUCACGUCUAUGUGAGCAGACGAAGGAGAGGCAAGUUUUGUUUAUGCGGUUGACACGAUUGCCACACAUGCGGGCAUGUGUUAGAUGAUCAUUGGCCUCAAUAUUCGCCCCUAUCAAUAUGCAUCUCAAUGAUAAAUGACACUUUAGAUUUACUCAAUAUUCAAUAUGCGAAGGCUUUUUUGCUAGUGGAGGCAACUCUUGAUUGCCUCUAAUAGCCUUUCCUUUUAGUACUCGUUGAGGGUCAUAACAAGAAGACUUGGUUGCACCAAUCACGUUCUAAAAUUUAAACCAGUGAUAGUAAUCCUUUUUCUUUAUAUGGCUGCUAAUGCCGUUUGAGUUGAGGUUGUUUUGUGACUGAUUUUAGCUAAAAAAUAUCUAUCAGCAUCUGGUUGGCUGAUGUGGCUGAUGACCGAUGUAACUGCAGAGAGUCAUUUGCUUGUGUCCCUUGUAUUUAAAUCUUUCAUUUCUAUUGAUCGGUAUUAUGUUUGCGUUUAAUUUAUUUUCUGGGCGAGUCUUAUCAGCGUCUCAGAUUGCAGGUUUAAUAUGCUAUUCCUGCUCAUUCCAUAUAUCUGAUGUGGGGUGAGAGCAAGAAAAGGUUCAGUAAAACAUCAUUAUUAAGCAUUGAUAUUUGAUGUAGUAGCUGGCAUUUUCUGUAUAUAUUUCUGAAUUUGAUUUCUUUUUCUGUUUCCCUAUAAAGAUUGUUAUAUGGCAGUGAAGAUGUUUACAUUGGUGCAUGGUAUCCUGUCUAUUAUGCUCAUUUUUUUUUCUUAUUUCACGUUAAUAGCAUGAAUCAGUUUUUGAGAUCUAAUCAAACCUUAGUAGCUGCGUUUUGGGGACUCUUCAUAUCUUACAAUCCAAUCCGAUGAUGCGAGAACUGAUGUAUAAGUUAUAACUAUUAUUGCUCCCUCACAGAGGUUACAGUAAUUGUCAUGCUGGAUUCUUGCCCUGGUGUGAGCUUCAGUAAUAGGUUAACGAUCUGUAUCGGUAUGCAGGGGUUCCACGGUGAUGAGGUAGUUAAAUGUUUGCUUUGUCGCAUCAACAUAUGUUUUAUUAUGCAAGUGAGUGACCAACAGGUGGACGAUGCAUGGAUUGGAAUUGUCUUGUUCGAGAACCCCAUUGUGUUAUGUCAUUUGAGGGGGGUUCAAGGGAUUAAAAUGGUCGACAUUUUUCAUUACAUAUCGUGCUUGUCUUGGAACUUUCAAAAAUAGCUUUCUAUUUUGUGUGUGAGGGAGUGAUGUCGUGUUCAAACGGGUUGAAUAGAAUUGAAACAUUAUUUUGGUUCGAUA